CUUUUGUCAGACUUUUUUCCUUCGCUGACUCCAAUAUUAUUCCCGAUUAAUCAUCCAUAAUCUGGUGUCUUGGUAAAAUGUUGUUUUAAUCGCUCGUAAAUGGUUAAAAUCGAGAUAAAUAUGGUGUAAAAGUGAUCCUCUGUUACCGGUGUGCACAGCGAACAUCAGCGAACCUACCCCCCAGGAAGAGGAUCGGAUCGCUGGGAGUGGUGGCAACGGGUUGAGGAGACGGGUGACAUUGGGCGGAUUGAAGCGGGGGGGAAACAACAAGGGCCAUCAUGGCAGAUAUGAUGCGAAUGAGUGGCAGCGGGGGAGCCAUCGGCGGAUUCCAGCGGGACAAGCUCGGUUCUCCGUCGACUGGUUCCGAGGACGGCGGAGGCAUCGAUCUGGGGGACAUUGCCCAGGAGUUGGACCAAGACGAGUUUGACGGGCCGACCACGUUGAAUGGGGAUCGUCCCGCCAUAACGGCUCCGCCGGAGAGCGAGUGGUACCACGGUCGGCUGGAUCGGUUCAGCGCCGAGCAGCGCUUGAAAUCGGCUUCCCGCUUGGGCAGUUAUCUGGUUCGUGAGAGUGACCGCAAGCCGGGUUCGUACGUGUUGAGUUAUUCCGGGAGAACUGGCAUCAAUCACUUUCGGAUUACGGCUGUGUGCGGAGAUUUCUACAUCGGUGGGCGGCAGUUCUUUUCGUUGAGCGAUCUCGUCGGUUACUACACGUCCUGUAGCGAUUUGUUGAAACGGGAAAAGCUAGUUUAUCCGGUACCUCCGCCGGAGCCGGUCAAUGAUAAAAAGCGAGUUGUGGCGAUUUUGCCGUACACAAAGAUGCCGGACACGGACGAGUUGACGUUUCAGAAGGGGGACAUUUUCUUCGUGCAUAAUGAUAUGGGUGAUGGCUGGCUGUGGGUGACCGCCCAUCGAACCGGCGAACAAGGAAUGAUCUUCCGUGAGUUGGUGGAAGAUUUGGACCCGGCAAUCGAUCCCAACACGGUGUUCUCGUGGUUCCAUCCGACUUGCUCAAAGAACGAGGCUGUUGAUAUGCUGGUCAAGGCUGGACCCGGAAGCUUUCUGGUGCGGCCAAGUGACAAUUCUCCAGGAGAUUAUUCGUUGUUCUUCCACAUCAACAACCAAAUUCAACGCUUUCGCAUCGAGAAAAAGGGCGUCCGCUAUCUGAUGGGUGGCCGUACGUUCGAGUGUCUGGACGCGGUCAUCAAUCGCUACCGAAAGGAGCAAAUCGUCGAAGGGCACACGCUGAUGCAUCCGGUUGUCAACGGAAGCCAGCCGGAGCUGCAUCCACCGAACAGUGUCGCGAGUGCCGCGGAGAAGAUUUAUGCCACGCUGCGCGAGUGUCGCGACCAGAACAUUCUGAAGAAGACGAAGGGUAUUAAGCACCACGGCUAUCUGCUGAAAAAGUCGGACAAGACGAGCAAGUGGAAGCAGCUGUACUUUGCGCUGCUGGUCGAGGGCUCCGAAACUCAUCUCUGCUUCUACGACAAUCCGAAGAAAACCAAACCGAAGGGCUUGAUCGAUCUGUCGUGCGCGUAUCUGUAUCAGUGCCAUGAGUCAUUCUGGGAGCGAAGCUGCGUUUUCCAAAUAGUCGAGCGUGCGCUGCCGUGUCUCGCGACAAUAACCUAUCUGUGUGCCAAUAGUCAGGAGAGCUACGUCGAGUGGGUGAACGCGCUCAAGUCACAGUGCGUGUCCCAGCUCAGCAAGGCCCAGUCGAAGGUGCCGCGGCUGCGCGAACUGCGCUGUCUGAAUCUGCACAUCCUGGAGGCGCAUCGGCUGCCGUUCAAGCUCGUGCCUAACCCGUACUGUAUCGUGUCGCUGAACCAGGUCAAGGUGGGCAAGACGCGCGUCAAGAUCGCACCCGAUCCCGUCUGGGAGGAGGAAUUUGUGCUGGAUGAUGUCCCGCCGGAUGUGGUGACCGUUACCAUCACCGUACUGAGCAAGGGCAAACGUGGUAAGGAUUCGGAGGUGGCCGAGCUGAUCGUGGACCUGUGUGGGCUUAAGAACGGACAGGAAACCGAGGAGUGGUACCCGCUGAUCGGGAUGACCCCGAUGGGCGAGUGGGGAUCGAUCCGUUUGCGUAUACGAUAUCUGGACGACUUGGUCAUGCCGUGCGAGGAGUACAGCCCGUUACAGCAGCUGCUGGUCGAGGCGGAAUUGAAUGCGGUUCGUGCGUUGUCCGAAAUCUGUCACAACGAUCGCAUCCCGCUGGCCACCUCGCUGUUGAAAGUGUUCCGUUACGAGAAGCGUGAAACCGAACUGCUGAGAAUCCUGUGCCAGGCGGAAGUGGCACGGGAAAACGAAACGACAACGCUCUUCCGUGGCGCCUCGCUGGCCACCACCCUGAUGGAUCUCUACAUGCGUGCCGAGUGCACCGUUUUUCUGCAGUCGGCCGUGUCCGACACAAUCCAAAGAAUACUCGAAAGUAAGCAGUCAGGAGAGCUGAACCCAACCAAAAUGGACGUGAACGACGACGCAUGCUCAAACGCGGAAUUUUUGCUGAUGAUCCUGGACCAGGUGACGCAGUCCAUCUUCACCUCGCCAGACGCGUGUCCCCGGACGGUUCGCUUCAUCUGCAACUGUCUGCAAAAGUCCGUGGUCGCCAAGUGGCCAUCGCCCAGCGAACGGUUAGUGCGGACCCGCGUCGUCUCCGGGUUCAUCUUUCUGCGCUUGCUGUGUCCCGCCCUCCUGAAUCCUCGUCAAUUUGGUCUAGUCAGCGAAACGCCGCAUCAAAUGGGCACUCGCACGCUCAUUAUGGUCGCAAAGUGUUUGCAAAAUCUCGCAAAUCUCGUCGAGUUUGGUGGAAAGGAACCGUACAUGGAGGUGGUCAACCCGUUCAUCCUGAAGAACAAGGAACGCAUGAUUGUGUUCCUAGACCAGCUGUCUUCAGUGACCGAUCCGAACCCGCCACCCGGGUGCAUGAUUGAGCAGACCAAUCCGGUGCUGUCUAGCUCGGAUGCCGGACGCGAGCUGGCCACGAUCCUGCACAUUUGCGUGUCCUACCUCCCGGAGCUGCAGUCGAUGAGCAAGACCAACACUUCGCUCAAAAAGCUCGUCACCGUCACGGAGAUGCUGUCGAAGCACAAGCUAAAGUACCGCGAGAUGAUUAGCUAAGUCAGUCAGUCACACAGUCAGUGAUGAAGAAAUUGAUAUUUUGCUCUCUUGACACAAAAAAAAAUGCUAAAUUUACGGUCAACAUUUACAACACAAGGAAAAUUUAUAUAUAUAUUCUGCAUAUAUUCAUGUUCGUAAUAAGGCGCAGAGAAAUCGCAUGUUUAACAGUUUUCAGCAACAACAACAACAAAAACAGUCAAUGUAGGAGAAACAAGCUUAAUUUGUUCUAUCGCAUGAAAGAAGGAUGGACACGUGAUGGCAUAGAAAACAAUCGUUCUUAGCAUUUUACGGUACUCAGGAGAGGUAAAUUUAUAGGUUUAACUUGAUAACCACAGGGAAAAAUUAAGAAGGAAAAAUCAACCGCAAAUCACCGCCUCGUAACAAUGAAGGGCGUCGCACAAAAAUGUCAUGUGUUUUAAAAGGUUUGGAUGUUUUUAGUUUCCAAAAUAAGCAAAAAAGAAAACAGAUAAUUUUAUUUUUAUCCGCAAAAUAUAUAUCGCUUCUUUAGAAAUACAGGGCUUUUCAGUAAAAAAAAGAUAUUAUUUCCACUACUCAGUCAUUAACAAUUCAAAACGUGGUUAAAAUUUGAGAGAAAGCGACAGAAUUGAGAGGAAACAUUAGUGGAUUCCCGUCUAUUUCCCCCCAAAACACGUUGCGUCUUUCCUCAACAGUGCUCUAUAUUCGUAUCGUAUCAACAGAAUUUUUAUCUACUCCGAUAUCUCCCCAAAAAAACACACACACAAGGAUUAGCUCACAUGAUUAAGUGUAUUGGAUCAGUAACGAACGCAAAUCUAGCAUAGCCCGGUAGAGUGCGGAGGAAGUAACGCAACGGGACAAAGUGAAACGAAUUAAUUUUAGUGGAAAAGCGCAUAAAUGGUAGGGAAAAAGGGCAUGAGUUUGUUUAUACCAAAAGACGUGGAAAAAAAUCAAUCCUCAGUUUUACUCUUAAGAAUACCGAUUUGUUUCGCCUUAGAGACGGGCGCACAGCUGCCAACAAAAGAAGAAAAUAAACCUUUGUAGAACCAACGCCAUUUUAGUUUAUAUAAAGUCUUACAUUAUA